AUCUGUUAUUAUUCGCAGAAAUCCACGUUAAUCCACAGUGCUAAUGGAGUUUACGUUCGGCAUGGAAGAUAUCUGCUGACGGAAAAAUAUAUAAAAAUACAUGCUUUGCAGCAACGUACAAUCUCUGUCAUGAUAUCAGUUAUGUCACUUAUGAUACUAUCGCGUUAACGUAUUCUAAAAUAAAUAAGAUCUCAUCAAGGAUAUAGAAAAAACAGAUGAGAAGGUGCUGCAACAUUAAUCGGUAAAAAUGCCAGUCGGGGUAUUUCCAGCCCUUAAAUUGGGUGUACUAUUUGUCAAACAGAUCAGUAAACCUUUAGCCAAAUUUCUUGUCAAUCAAGCAAAGAGUCGUCCUAUUUUCAGAACUUACUUCAUCAUACCACCCGCCCAGUUUUAUCAUUGGGCUGAAGUAAAAGCAAAAAUGUAUGUUAUGAAUCUCGGUAAGCCUACAAAGGUUGCCAAGUUGAAUGAGGCAAUGGCAAUCGAAUUGGGUGCUGGUCUAAUAGGUGAGUUGAUUAUCUUCGGUGUAGCUGGAGCAUGUGUGAUAUUGGAGUACAACAGGCAAGUUACAAAAGAAGCGAAGAAAGAGGAGAUCCGUCAGAUGCAAAUACAGAAGUUUACGGAUGACAUCCAAGCGUUACAUAAUGUUUCAUUACAACAAGAAGCACAAAUUCACUAUUUGCAGAGUGCAAUCCAUGAAUUAGCAAAACAUACGAAGCAUAAAUUACCUGAGCUAGUUUUACGGCCAAUAAAUAAUAGUAGUAAUAAUUUAGAAGAUGACAUGAGGAAGAAUUGUAAUAAAAAUAGCAAAAAUUCAACAGAAACAAACCUAGGAAGUGAGAACACAUCGUUGAUAGAGCGUGCUAUAGUUUAUUAUAACAAAGAAUUGAAAGGAGACAAGCUUAGUUAAGCAAUAUAUAUUUUAUACUUCUCUUUGAGAUGUACGUGAUACAUACCUAUUUGAAAAUAUAGAUGUUUGCCAUUGGUACUUAGUUAAAAUAAUCUGCAUUCGUAACAUUGAGCUGUACAUAACAAACGUUUUGUAUUGCAAUCUACAUUGUGUAUUGCAAUCUUUUUAGAUUGUGAUAACAGUGCUAGACCUGAACUAAGAUUUAGAUACACUUUUUCUGUAAAAAUAACUAU